GGCGGAGCGGGUGGUGCGGUGUGUGCGGUGCCCCCCGGGUGCGGGGCUGCCCCUACUCCCGGAGUUCCUAACUCCCUAAGUUAGCCCCAGCCCGAGGUUAGGAGGGGCCUGCAGAGGCUUCGGGAAUGAGUAAAUUAAUUACAGACACUGUUUAUGUCACAUCCGCCGGGAGCACGGAGGGAGCCCGGGGCUGUCGCCUUUUCGGGAGCGAAAUCGGGAUUGGUGCAACUUCCUGCGGGUUUCGCGAGUCGCGACCGGUGUUACUGUCGUGGUUUGCCCUGGCACGGUCCGCUGGGAUUCACGGCUGGACACAGAGCACGGCUGAGAUGUCCGUCCUUGCGCUUCUCUGCAGAGGUGCUGCUGUACUCGGGACCCCCGUGCCAUGAUUACAUCCCGCACAGCCUGGGAUCUGGGAUCCGGGCCCUCCGCCGGAGCCGUCUGGAACACGAAGGACCUUGUCCCGGACGGCUGCGGGCAGGACAGGCUCAGUGCUGGGAGCGGAGCAGGCACCUCUCCCCGGGUUCCUCUGCUGCCUACUCUGCUUCACCAUAAAAUCCUCAGUGUGAGCUGGCCAGACGCUGCAAACCCCCGUGGGCUCUGCCGGGCUCUCCAGGCCCUGCGGGAUACGGCGUGCAAGCGGCGGGAGGAGACCCAGCACCGGGACCUGACACCAGCCACAGAGGAGCCACUGGCAUCCCCCUGUGAGCCAGCAGCUGCCACAGCGGUGCAGGCAGCCUCCACUAUGAACCUGGAGAAAGCAGGAGGGAGGCUCUGCAGUGGGAAACGUGCCAGCCUGCCAGCAGCCCGGCCCUUCCCAGUGAUCCAGAAGGUGAUGGCCUCCAUGGCACAUCUGCAGAAGGAGAAGCUGCAGCUGCAGGAGGAGCUGCUGGGGCUGCAGGAGAAGCUUGCUGCCCAGGAGAACGACGAGCUCUCCCUCUCUCUGCAGCUGCAAGGCCAGGUUGAAACUCUGAAGGCGAAGGUCCUGGAGCAGGCGCAGGAGAUCAGCCGGCUGCGCUCGGAGCUGGGUGGCACAGAUGCAGAGAAGCACCGGGACCUGCUGGCGGCUGAGAACGAGCGCCUGCGGCAGGAGAUGAAGGCGUGUGAGGGGGAGCUGCGGGAGCUGCGGCGGCAGCAGCAGCAGCAGGCACCGUGCCGGGACUGCCACCACCUCCAGGAGAACGCUGGGCUGCAGGAGCAACUGUCCCAGCUGCAGCGGGAGGCAGAGGAGACACGGGCCAAGCUGGUGGAGCUGGACCUGGAGGUGCAGCAGAAGACGAACCGCUUGGCCGAGGUGGAGCUGCGGCUCAAGGACUCCCUGGCCGAGAGAGCCGAGGAGGAGGAGCGGCUCAGCCGGCGGCUGCGGGACAGCCAGGAGACCAUCGCCAGCCUCAAAUCCCAGCCCCAGCAGAUAAAGUAUAUCAUCAAGACGGUGGAGGUGGAGUCAGCCAAGGCAAAGCAAGCCCUGUGCGAGACCCAGUCCCGAAACCAGUACCUGCAGGAGCAGGUGGGGAUGCAGAGGCAGGUGCUGAAGGAGAUGGAACAGCAGCUGCAAAGCUCCCAGAAGACGGAGGCUCAGCUCCGAGCUCAGAUUGUGAUGUACGAGGCUGAGCUGGAGCGAGCCCACGGGCAGAUGCUGGAGGAGAUGCAGGCGAUGGAGGAGGAGAAGAACCGUGCCAUCGAAGAGGCAUUUUCCCGCGCCCAGGUGGAGAUGAAGGCGGUGCACGAGAACCUGGCAGGUGUCCGGACCAACCUGCUGACGCUGCAGCCGGCUCUGCGCACCCUCACCCACGACUACAACAGCCUGAAGCGUCAGGUCCGCGACUUCCCCCUGCUCCUCCAGGAGACCCUGCGCAGCGCCAGGGCCGAGAUCAGCCAGGCCAUCGAGGAGGUGCACAGCACCAACCGGGAACUGCUGCGCAAGUACCGGCGGGAGCUGCAGCUCCGCAAGAAGUGUCACAACGAGCUGGUGCGGCUGAAAGGAAACAUCCGUGUUUUCGGGAGAGUCCGCCCCAUCACAAAAGAGGAUGGUGAGGGCCCAGAGGCGGCCAAUGCAGUGACUUUUGACACUGAUGAUGAUGCUGUCCUGCACCUCCUGCACAAGGGGAAGCAGGUGUCCUUCGAGCUGGAUAAAGUCUUCCCCCCACAAGCAUCCCAGGAGGAGGUGUUUCAGGAGGUUCAAGCCCUGGUCACCUCCUGCAUUGAUGGCUACAACGUUUGCAUCUUCGCCUAUGGGCAGACAGGGGCAGGAAAAACCUACACGAUGGAGGGAACGGCAGCAAAUCCAGGGAUCAACCAGCGGGCCCUGCAGCUCCUGUUCUCCGAGGUGCGGAGCAAAGCAGCUGACUGGGAUUACACCAUCACCGUCAGCGCCGCCGAGAUCUACAACGAGUCGCUCAGGGACUUGCUCGGGAAGGAGCCGCAGGAGAAGCUGGAGAUCAAGCUGUGCCCCGAUGGCAGCGGGCAGCUCUAUGUGCCCGGGCUCACCGAGUUCAGGGUGCAGAGCGUGGAGGACAUCAACAAGGUCUUUGAUUUUGGCCACGUCAAACGGGUGACAGAGUGCACCAACCUCAACGAGCACAGCUCUCGCUCCCACGCCCUCCUCAUCAUCACCGUCCGUGGCCUCGACCGCAGCACGGGGCUCCGCACCACAGGGAAGCUGAACCUGGUGGACCUGGCGGGCUCGGAGCGGGUCGGGCGGUCGGGCGCGGAGGGCAGCCGGCUCCGCGAGGCGCAGCACAUCAACAAGUCCCUCUCGGCGCUGGGCGAUGUCAUUUACGCCCUGCGCUCCCGGCAGGGCCACGUGCCCUUCCGCAACUCCAAGCUGACCUACCUGCUGCAGGACUCGCUCAGUGGUGACAGCAAGACCCUCAUGAUGGUGCAGGUCUCCCCCGCCGAGAAAAACACCAGCGAGACGCUGUGCUCCCUGAAGUUUGCCGAGAGGGUUCGCUCCGUGGAGCUGGGUCCUGUCUCCCGCAAGGCUGAGCUGGCCUCCUGGCCCAGCCAGGAGCAGCUGGAGGGUGACUCACCAGGUUCUGCAGCAACACCUGGCCGGGGCCACGCAUCCCACAGCCCCGGGCAGCUCUCCAGUCGCUCCGCCUCCAUCCGCAGGAAGCUCCACACUUCAGCCUGACUUAGGGGCAGCCGUGGCUGCCAGGGAAGCUGAGGUCGGUCCCACUGUGAUGAGUGCCAGCUCCCAGCUCAGGCACCAAACCCGCUCCAGGACUCAGCCCCUCACGGCGACACGGAGGUGGCUGCUGGAAGAAAUGAAGGCUUCAGUGCUGUUCCCUUGGUCACCAGGACCUGUGACCUGAGGGUGAUGGCACCUCUCACAAUGAGCAGUACAGGACCAGGGUCUCCCAGCAGCCAGACCCCCCCUCUCAGGGUGGGGGACAGUGCUGCUGGGCAGGAAUCUGCCCCCUCAGAUGCUCAGCUAUGGGACAGUUGUUUUUAGCCAGAACGGGGAGCUGCUGGGUGCUCCUUCCAUCUCUCCAGCUUUGUUUUUACAAUGAAACUGGGUUGGAGAAGGUUCUUGGAGCUGGAAGGGGUGCUCGGAGCCAGGCCAGCCCCUGGCCAUGCCUCUGCUACCCCCACAGGGCCAGCCUGGCUAUGGCUCCCCCAAGACUGCACCCGGGCGACUGCCCGUUGUCUUUCAGAGCAGCAUUUCCUCCGUGGUAAGUCAGAAAAAAAUUCCAGCAGCUCCUUCCCCCAUCGGUUUCUCAAGCCCUGUUGUUGCAUGAAGGCCCCUGGUGUCAUGCAUGAACCGAGCUGCCGUUCCUCGUGGUGCCAGUGCUGCCAGGCCCUGGCACAGACCCAGAGUGGUCACGGGCCACCUGUGUUCCACGGCACCAGGGGGGAUUUCGCAGUCUCGAAUGAAGCUAUUGUAAAGUUAUUUACCAGUUGUCUUGUCAAGAGAGAUCACAGUGUGGUCGAGAUGAAAGUGUUUGAAAUAUUUAUGCCUGUUUACGUGGACUUGGAACGGAAAACUAAUGGAAAACAAACAAAAAUACCCCAAACCUCCAGCCCAAAAGCCUGUUGGCUUAUCUAUGGGGAUGGGGGCUGGCAGGGGCAUGGGAGGGGGAUGGCACUGCCCGUGGUCCUGAGCACCCACCUGUGGGUACGUUUCCUCCUGCUGCAAAUACCUGCUGGAUGCACUGAUGGCUCCUUCCACCACGGCCCUCUCCUCUCACGCUUCCACAGCAUAUUCUAUUUAAAAACAAAAAAGGGAAAAGUAAAUUUAGCCUUUUGUAUGAUUAGAUGUUUCUAUGUAUUUUAAUAAUUAAAAAUUAUCCUGUUUUGUAACAAAACUUAUUUUAAAUAAACUGUUA